AUGUUCCGGGAACGACCGCAAUAUAAAGGAAAGAUCAAUAAGAAGCGAAAAUUUUGGUUGGCAAGAAAUGGAAAUUGCGAAAUCGAAGACGUCGUUUUGAGGUUGGUUUCCACGAAAAAUUUUGAUUUUAUUGAUUUUUUCCCAGGGAAAGGUUGCCGAAAAGAUUGGCGAUUCUGAAAGAAAAAGACGGCCCCGUUUUGGGAAUCCAGGCCCUUUUGGACCUUUAUGAGAUCAAUUGGUCGACUUACGAUGAUUUUUUCGGCGAUGAUAGUCGUGAGUUUUAAAAAAAAGCCUUCCUUUUGAGCCGAAAAACAAAAAAAAAAUGCUUGGUUCUAGGAGAAAAAUGGUGUUCCCAGUUAUAAAAAAAGAUUUUUCUCGCAGACAUUUAAGUAAAAUUGUGAUUUUUUGUUUCUUAUCACCAAAAUUGUCAGAAGAAAAGCAAUUUUCCCAUAGUAUUAUAAAAAAAAAAGUAUAUUCGGUAUUAAAAAUUCAGAUUUAUUUGAAUUUUUAGGAGGAAAAAAAAAGCAUAAUUCCACAAUUUUUCGUCUAAUCUACCUGGUUUCAAAGUUAGAAGUUCAGAAUAUCAGAAAUCUGAAUAUUUUUUUCAGAAAGGAAAAUCGAAAAAGUUCUGUUUUCAAGCUUACUGUACCGAAUGGAAUGAUAGUUGCUUUCAAAAAAUUACAGGAAAUUUUUAAGUCCAAAUUUUUUUUUCUUAUGAGGUUAGUUAAUAUUUUUCCGCGUUUUUCAGGUUUUUUUUCGCUUCUUGUUUUUUUAUAGGUUGAAGUUUAGUUAUAACUUUUAGUAUUGUUUCAUAAAAAUUUCUUCAAAUUUUAAGCCGGGUUAGACGAAAUUGUGGAGUUGAACCAAAAUAUAAUUGUAGUGAUUCAUUUUUGGAUUAAAUGUCAAAUAUAAAAAGAGAAAUUCGACAAUUUUUGAAAGAAAACAAUGUUUUUGAUUCUUAUUAUAAAUGCAUUAAAAUACUGUUAGAAAACUACUACUACUCGACUGAUUCUGUGAGUAGUAGUUUUGUUGAUAUAAUGUGUGAUAAGGGUUUCUCGCAGAAGGUAAAGCAGAGUACUCGUGGAAACAAUAUUUUGGAUCUAAUUUUUACGUCUAAGAAAAAUAUGGUGGAAAAUAUAAAAAUUGAAAAGCCUCUAUCUGAUCACUCAACAGUUACUUGCAAAGUGAACAUAAGUAAUCCAAAAAUUAACAUCGAAAAGCAUUUUACUGUAAAUGAUUAUUCAGAGGCAAAUUUCGAAUCUUUAGGACAGAGAUUGGCUUGGAUUGAUUGGAAUUAUCGUUUUAGUACAUGUGACACAGCUGUCAAAAUGUACAGCACUUUUUUGGAUAUAACUUUGCCACUAAUUGAUCAAUUUAUACCCAAGAAAACUAUCAAAAAAAGUCUAAUCUUCCAUCCGAGAUAAUGAAAUUGAAGAGAUACUCUGAAAAAUUCCUACAUAAAAUAUAAAAAAAUCGAAUAAAUCCGAAGACUUAUUGACCUAUAAAACUAAUUGGUGGAAAUACCGGAAAGCUAUCAAAGAUUUUUAGAAUUAAAGAAGAAGAGAAAGCUAUCGAUAAAGGACCAAACAGCAAGAAGUUCUGGAAAUUAUAUUAGAAAUAAGACCACCAUAUUCGUUGAUCCGCCUUUCAUGCAGACUAAAAAUGGAUGCACCAACGAUGAUCAUGAGAAAGCUCAGGCUUUUAACGAUUUCUUCUGUCCCUACAUCUAUUUCGGGAAAUUUAGUACUUGUGUGUGAGAAAUAAAACAUUUUGAUGAAAUCUUUAGUUCAAAAAAAUUUUGGACUGGCAACUAGGAAAAAAGUUACAAAAUUUAUCUAAAACUCCUACCGUAUCUCAGUGAGGGGGCGGAGCCUCACAGUGACUAGCCUAAAAGUUUACACAUAUAGUCAAGUAACUGUGAUAAUAAUUUCAACUCUCAAAACGAAACUUGAAAUUCUUGUACCAUCACUUUUUUCAAAAAACAUGUGAUAAAAAGCUAGAAAAAGUCAAUUUUUAGCCGAAGGAAUGAUGAAAACGCUCAAGUUUCUCGCCAAAUAUGGGAUUAUUCGAAACGAAGUGAUUUGUUCUACUUGCUCCCGACAAAUGAACCUUAUCGCCAAACCGGCGAUUAAUGAUCAAUAUGAGGUAUGAGUAGGUUAAUAGUAAUAUACUUUGUGCCUGUCCACGGUCCAAAGGGUCACAAGUUCGAACCCCACCAAGGAGUUUAAGAAAUUUAGGUAGAGUGGGAAGUCACGGCUUCAUAAUUAAGGUUUAUUAAUAGAUCACCACUGAUAUUAGGUUAUCGACUUGAGGCUCAAACGGUAAAAAAAGCUCAAGAAGAAGAGAAUUAAUGUUGAAAAGCGAAUUUCUUGAAAUUCUUUAGGGUGGCCUUUUUAAUUUCAUUCGAGGGGUCACUUCCAUUUUUCCUAGUUCAUAGAAGGUGCAGAAGUGGUCACUUUAGUGUAUCUUCCUUUGUCUCACUUUAGGGGCCACUAAAACCUUUCUUGUCAGUUGAUAGUAGCUGAAAAAAUGAACCAUUCAGUAGAGCCUUUUUCGCUUCACUUUAGGGGUCACUUCAACUUUUUGCAGUUGAUAGAAGGUGCAGAAGUGGUCACUUUAGUGCGGCCUUUUUUGUCUCACUUUAGAGGUUACUACAGCUUUUUACAGUUGAUAUAAGGUGCAAAAGUGGUCACUUUAGUGUGUCUUUCUUUGUUUCACUCUAGGGAUAACUUAUAUUUUUUUUUAUCAAUCGAUAGUAGCUUAAAAAAUGAACCAUUCAGUAGGGCUUUUUUUGCUUCACUUUAGGGGCCACUUCAACUUUUUGCAGAACGGGGCAGAAGUGGUCACUUUAGUGUGUCCUUUUUUGUCUUAUUUUUUUGAGCCAACCCAAUUUCUCUCAUCAGGUGAUAGAAGGGGCCUUGAUGGACCCUUUAGUGUGUCCUUUUUUGCUUCACUUUAGGGUCACUUCAACUUUUUGCAGUUAGUAGAAGGUGCAGAAGUGGUCACUUUAGUGUGUCUUUCUUUGUCUCACUUUAGGGGCCAUUUCAAUCUUUCUUAUCAGUUGAUAGUAGCUCAAAAAAUGAACCAUUCAGUAGGGCCUUUUUUGCUUCACUUUAGAGGUCACUUCAGCUUCUCGUCUCAAAAAAAGUUUUACAGUGGCGCUGCGCGUACUGUUGCAGCCGAGGCCUGAAAGGGGGCCGGAAAAGUAUCCGAGGCGACUCGUGGCUGAUCCGCAGCAAUAUGAAGCUGUCGAAGAUUUUCCGACUCGGAAUUCAAUGGUCUUCGAGGCCUUUCGACACCUACGAGGAGAUCGAAUCCAGGGUCAACGUGACCUGCACGUCUAUCGGCAACUAUUAUCGGUAUUUCGGAAAGGUAAUCAGAAAAGAAAGAAACUUCAGCUUCAUCUAGCCUUUUUUCUUGAGCUACCGUAUCCAUCUUCUCGAGUGUUUAGGUCAAAUUAAAGGAGCAUGCACAGGGACAGGUCGCCAAAGGGAAGCGUCCCUGAAGAUUUCUGUAGCUUUAAAGAUGAAAACUUGAAAUGCAGAGCAACCUUACUGUAUAAAAAAAAAUUCAGAAUCUAAAAUUGGAAAAAAAAAACGUUAUAACUGACUUAGCUUUGUUCAAGCUUUGUCACAGCGAAGCACUCUAAAAAACGCUCAGGGACGACAGAAUGGCCCCUAUAGGGGCGAAAUUUGAGCUCGUAAUGGUUCCUUUCUAGGGACCACCUUACCUCCCUUAUAAAGAGCGCUAAAGCUUGCAAAACUUACCAAUUUAGAGGGGCAUGAUAGUAAUCACCAUAAUAGACUACUACAGGGACCACUUGAGCAUUAGGAGCUUAGGGAUCAGACUCUAUACUUUUAUAAGAACCACCUCAAUUUCCGCCCCCUAGCCUUUACUAUUUUGUCUAACAGGGGCUUUUGUUUCCCUAAUCACUCUAGGGACCCCUUCGGUGUUCCUGAGCAGUCUACGUUUUGACUUUGCAACGAACUUAACUUUUGAGUAAAGUUUUGACGAUUUGAAAAAGAAAUGUCGUUACGAAAAUUGCUUUUUGGGCAGCUCCCAAGAAACUUGUACUUCAAAGCCUCUCGAGAACUAGGCGUCUUGCCAUUCCAAAUGCGACCUACCACAGAUUUUUAGGUUAGAAUUGAUGAUGCGAAACACUCAAAAUUCCCCAUCAAGUCUGAUAGUAACAGCUCCGCAGCCGCUACUCGUUUAGCCAUUCCAAAUGCGACCAAAUAAACCAAAAAUGAGCCGAGCUGCUUCCAGGUGUGCCAGCACUGGUGCAGACGGACGGCCGAGAAGCAGGGGAACCAGGAAAUAAAGACGGAGAUCGACCUGAAACCGGAACUUGACGUUGCCGCCGAGUUGGGCGGCGACGUGAAGCCCGACUUCAAGUGCACCCGGAGGGGCAUGGCCAUGCCGAUGGGCGACCUCAACGACGAGCUUUCCGAAGACGAGUUCUCCCCCAACGUCUCCAUCUACCUCUUCCGGCUCAUCCAUCUCCACACCAAGAUAUUCCAACAACUCCUUUUUGAACUGAAUCUCAUGAAUCCACCGUAA